AUAACAACAGCUGGUGAGUAAUCGAUAACUUUCCACAAUGCUAUCGAUAUCGCCGUGUUACCUAAACAAAGAUGUCCAAGCUUUUGCCCAAAAUUCGUUCCUCCUCCAGCUUGAUCCUGCUGUCCAAGAACCAAGCUCCAAAAGCCAAAUCAUUUGACUACAAUGCCUUACUUCUCACGCGAACUCAAAAGUCUAGUUUCAUGCCGGAGUCUUCUGUAUUUCCGGGGGGAGUUUGUGAUGCCUCGGACAGUUCUCCCGCCUGGUUAAAUCUCUUUCAGAGAAACAAAAUCAGUGCCUCCAAACUCCAAAAUAUUAGCCACAUAAAGGGACCACGUCCGGAGAUUUUCCAGACCAAAGCAGAUAAGGAAGCAAUAGAACCAUCCCUAGCCUUGCGUCUAACUGCUAUACGUGAGACCUUUGAAGAGUUGGGCAUCCUACUGUGCAGGGACAACAAGUCAUUGACCUCCACCAGCGGCUAUGGAAAGUUCCACGAUCAGUUUGAUCGCGUUCACUGGCAGCACACCGUCCACAAUGAUGCCAGCCAGUUCCUGGAGCUCUGUAAGGAGCUGGAGGUCCUCCCAGAUGUUUGGUCACUUCACGAGUGGUCUGCCUGGCGGACACCAUCCACUUUUAAGAAACGGUUCGAGACGGCCUUUUUUAUGACUGCUCUGGAACAGGAGCCGAGCGUACAUAUCGAACCCAAUGAGGUCAAGGACUGUGCGUGGCGCUCACCAUUGGAUUACCUUCAAGCGUGCCUGAGAAAGGAGCUUUGGUUGCCGCCUCCACAGUUCUACGAGCUAUCACGCUGCCUCAAUUUUUCGACCUUAGAAGGUUUGCGUGAGUUCGCCUCGAAACGUGAGGUGAAAGGGAUGGGGCUUAUUCAUCCUGUGAUGUACAAAUGCAAAAAUGGAACUGUACAUCUUUUACCAGGAGACGAUGCGUAUCCUGCAGAUCCUGAUGCAAGUAGCGAUAAAAUCGAGACUGGUUUAUCUGUAGAGGAAUUUCGUUCGCAGUCUAAUGGGAAGUUGCAUCGAUCGGAGCACUGGAAUCAGCAUCAGUCGCAGCUUCUAAUUAACUUUGACAGGGAGGAUGGUCAAGUCCAUCCCGUUGACCCAACCAAGCUUUAAGGACUUAUCAUUUUUUUGAUAUCAUGUGCAUUUAUCUAGGUUUAAUAUAAAAUAUAAUCUAGGUGAAUAUAAAAGAAUAUAAGUGA